AUGUUCUCCAUCACCCUUUCUCUCGCGACUCUGGUCUCGUAUACCGUAGCAGCUUCUCUCCCCCGUGGUGCAGACACAGUCUGGCAGGCGUCCAACUUCAACUCCCUCAUCACCUUUGGCGACAGCUACACCGAUGAAAACCGCUUGAACUACUUCGCCAGCCACAACGGCUCGGCUCCUCCAGCAGGCACUUUCCUACCAGAGUCCUUCGCGACCGCCAGUGGCGGCAAGACAUGGCCCCGCUACGUCGUGCAGUACGCCGGCAGCAACAGCGCCAACGAGUGGGAUCCCAAAUUGACCCUUUACAACUAUGCCGUCUCCGGCGCCGUGUGCUCCAACGAGAUCACGCCUCGCACCUUCCCCGCUAUCAAGGCCAACUUCCCCUCCGUCCUCGAAUACGAACUCCCCGCCUUCCUCGCCGACCUCCCCUCCACCCGCAACAAUACCACCCCCACCACCGCCUACUUCACCCCGCCCCUCGCCCCCACCUCAGCCGCCUACGCCCUCUGGAUCGGCACCAACGAUCUCGGCAUCUGGGCCUUCCUCACCAACAGCCAAGUCCCCGGCACCACCAUCCCGGACUACAUGAGCUGCGUCUUCAGCGUGCUCGACGGCCUGUACGCGUCCGGCGCCCGCGCUUUCGUGCUCAUGAACGCCGCGCCCCUGCAUCUGGCCCCACUGUACGCCAACGCCACCCUGCACGGCGCGGGCAGCAACCAGUACUGGCCGCUGAAGAAUGCCACGAAUGCCACGCAGGUCGCCGAGACGAUGCACGAGGCCGUCGCGAAUGUGAAUGCCCUGUAUCGGUAUCGCACGCCGUAUGAGGCGCUUGUGGCGAAGCGGUACCCGGGGGCGAGUUUCGCCGUCUUUGAUGUGGGCGGCUUGUUGGAGGAUGUGUAUACACACCCAAACGAGUAUUUGAAUGGGACCGAAGGGGCGGAUGUGCAGGGGUUUGAGCAUCGGUGCAGCGAGGGGGAGGAUGGAAUGUGGGAUCGCUGUGAAUUGGCGUUUGGUGGGGGGAGUCCCGAUAGUUUCAUGUGGUAUGACGAGUUGCAUCCGAGCACGCAGACGGAUCGCGUGAUUGCCAGGGAGUUUUUGGGCGUGUUGGAUGGGGGCAGUCGGUGGGCCGAGUAUUGGUGA